GUGGUCUCGAGUGUGCCGGAAGCUGUGCUUGUAACUCCCUGGAGUCAGGCUGCAGUUUUAUUUCUAGUGAACGCUAGGAGACGACGGGAAUGUAUUAAGACCGGGAUACGCGGAUACACUACAUGGAAAUGACAAGGCUGGUUUGCCAUGGACACAGAGAUGAUACCCAAGUUCUCCUCGAAAGACGAGGAAAUUGAUUACUGGAAGGCCCUUUCGCUCAAGUACAAGAACAGUUACCAGGACGCCCAUGAGGAGCUGCUGGAGUUCCAGGAGGGCAGCAGGGAGCUGGAGGCGGAGCUGGAGGCGCAGCUGGGCCAGGCGGAGAGCCGCAUCCGAGACCUCCAGGCGGAGAACCAGAGGCUGAAGAGCGAGGUGGAGAACCUGAAGGAGAAGCUGGAGCAGCAGUACUCGCAGAGCUACAAGCAGAUCUCCGUGCUGGAGGACGACCUGGGCCAGACGCGCGGCAUCAAGGAGCAGCUGCACAAAUACGUGCGCGAGCUGGAGCAGGCCAACGACGACCUGGAGAGAGCCAAGAGAGCCACCAUCGUGUCCCUGGAGGACUUUGAGCAGAGGCUGAACCAGGCCAUAGAGAGGAACGCCUUCCUGGAGAGCGAGCUGGACGAGAAGGAGUCCCUCCUGGUCUCCGUGCAGAGACUCAAGGACGAGGCCAGAGACCUGCGGCAGGAGCUGGCGGUGAGGGAGAGGAACACCGACGUCACCAGGAUGUCGGCGCCCAGCUCGCCCACGCUGGACUGCGGCGACAAGAUGGACUCCGCCGUGCAGGCCUCCCUGUCCCUCCCGGCCACGCCCAUCGCCAAGAACAUGGACAACGCCUUCGCCAACUCCAAAGUGCUAGCCAACGGCUGCGGUGGCUCUCCGCUGACACCCUCUGCAAGGAUAUCGGCGCUCAAUAUCGUGGGCGAUCUUCUUCGGAAAGUUGGGGCUCUGGAGUCCAAACUGGCGGCAUGUCGAAACUUCGCCAAGGACCAGGCGGCGCGGAAGAGCUUCGCCGCGGGCAACGGCACCCUGCUCAACAGCAACGCCGCCAAGUUCUCCCACUCGCUCCACACCACCUACUUCGACAAAGCGAGAGAGAGGGUCAUUUUCCCUGCGUUUGUUAUGGGGCAGUGAACGGACUGGAUCCCGGCGCCCUCACGGCCAUCGCCGCUCCCCGCUCUGCGUCCCCGCCCAGCCUGCUGCCACUCAGCGUGUGACCCCGCCCCCCACCCUGCCCUAAGCCCCGCCUCCCAAACCAUGCCACCCCACACUACACCACCGCUUCACAAAGGAACAGGCCUGAGGCUUGAUGGACAGCAGUAUGCGGUCACAGGACAGGACUGGGCUGCAGGACAGACUGGACCAGCUUUUAUAAGCCCCGCCCCUCUCAUCACUGGCCGCGCCCCCCUUGCCCUGCCUCCACCCGCCCUGGUGUGUCGGUACACGCGGGUCAGUGUAUAUCUGCUUUCACGUACGUGUGUACAUGUGUGUACAGUCUGUGUCUGUAUACUCGUAUGUAUGUAAAUAUGCACACUCAAAACACGCACAUUUUCGUUUUGAAGUCUUCUCCGCAGAGACGCAGCAGCUUCCAGCUGAGUAGUUUCGAGCGGCUUAUUUCUAAUAAUAUCUCACUUCACCAAAAAAAAAAACUGACAACGGUCCUCGUCCGAGUUUUGCUUCCCAGUUGCACAACUGAAAACAACAAAAUUUCAGAAUUAUACACUAAAUUAUACACUAAAAAGACAUAUAAAGGGAUUUCAUUAAUCGGUUGAGUUAUGUAGCCUAUAGCAUAUAUUCUUGUUCAUGUUGUAAUUAAUUAUCUCCUUGCGGCAGCUGAGGUGAGGAGGAUGAAGAGUAAGCCGCACAGAUGGCCCUAGUGACUUUAUCGGGGGAAAAAGACACGUUGCACUUUACUUUUUUCUUUUCCCCCCCACCUCAGAUUCUCAUGCGAACGGGAGUACACGGUGCAGCAGGUUUGUAGGAACAGCCCUCAGAGUUAGGUAGCCUGGACCUGUGGCUGUCACUCCAAACCGCUUUUAUUUCCGAUCGAACGUCUCCCUCCUCCACCCCGCUACUACACAGUCCCACCUAGAGGCUAUGUUUCCCUGCCAGCAACCUUACGAAACGGACAGUUUUGUUUUUGUUAUAAUUUAUUUAUUUAUGAAUUAGUUGAUUCGCAUUUUCCUGAGUCCUCAUAGUCUUAACACACGGUUCCGCUCGUUCAGCACUCUGACGGAGAUGAACCCUCCCCCCGCUCACCCGCCAGCUCAGCUUUCAAAAGCUAAAACCGUAUUGGUCAUGCUGAUGGUUUCACACACACUAAAGUUUGGGUUGAAUAUGAAUAGUAUACAGUGCGUAGAUGUGUCGCGACCAAUUCGCCACUUGAACCCUAUUGUGUGUCGAUGAACUCACUUUGUACACGUGUUCACUGUGCCUCUUCAUUUUUGCUUUUGUUUUUUUGUUUCGUUAACUUCAGUUCAUUUAGUUUUUUUUUUUUUUUCAACAAAGUUUGUGAAGUUGAUCUGGGUUCUCUGCUCUAUUUUAAAUACUGUAGUAUCCACCAUUUUGGCACCAGUUUGAAUCCUGAGGAAGGAGAUAUUUGGAGCACUUGGAGUCUGAUAUCAGCUUUAUUCUGAAAGAAAUCCUUUAUCUGUACAGUCCACAUGGCUUUGUCUCUUCUCAUCAAACACAAUUCCGCCUGUCCAUAUGCUCCAGUGUACAUAGGUGUGCGAGCAUUGCAACUUUGCCCGAGAUAUUUGUGUAUAUUUCAAUACAUAUAUAUAAAUACCAGUUUUGGGCAUUGUGGCAUUAUUUAUUUCAGAUUGUUUUGGGCAUGUACUCAAAUGAGGAAGUGUAUAUUAUAAUACAUCUAUGAAAGGUCAUAUAUCAUGAUGUGGAGUUGGUUGUUUAAUUCUCAAGAUAAUAAAAGGUAUUUACAAACCAAA